ACAUCGCGGUAGAGAGAGAGAGAGGAAGGAGAGGGGAAGAGGACGACGGUGUUAAGUAAACCAUGGUUAGUUAAGAGAAACCCCCUCCCAACCAUGGCAGAGCGGGUCAGGUCUCAGACGCGUUAAGUUAAUGCUCUCUCGCACGUCGUUGCAGUGAAGCAGAAGGAGGACAGAGAAAGUUUAGACAGAGAGAGGCAGCGGCCGGAGAGAGGUUUUAAAGAGAGACAGGGAGGGUUUUCCUUUCUCUCUCUCGGCGGCUGUUUGGGGACAAAGAAUCUCUGUGUUUGUGUGUGUGUGUUCGUUCUGGGGCGGUUGGUUGGUUGCUCUGCCUCGAUUGGGGAAACCUCCUCCUCCUCCUCCUCUUGAGUCUCGGGCUCUGCUCUGUCGCUGGCCAAUGGCCUCCGGAUCUCUCUGCUGAAGCCUCCCGAGGUUUUUCACUCCGAGGCCCCUGGGGAGAAGAAGGCGCAGUCUCCUCUCCGGCGAGUUCGAUUGCUGGUUCGCUGUUCCUGAUCUCGAGUUCCGAUUCUUAUAUCUAGAGAUUUGAUAUAUUGGGAUGGCUCACUCGUUGUAGGAUUGAGCUGCUUCUGUUUCCUCCUUUGCCGCCUCGGCUUUGGGGCCUUGACUACUCUACAAACUGUUGGCGGGAUUGGUCAUGGGAUUUACUAAUUGAUGAUUGUUUCAGCAUUGUACAUUCUCUGCAUCCAGUCGUUGAUUGCCUUGCAGUGUGGUGUAUUCUUGGGUGUGAAGAAGCUUGCAUCCAUUGCUGCCUCAAUUGGUGGCCGCAAAAACCUGAGUUCUUCCUCUUCAGUUCAUGUCUCGUGAGCUUGAUAGCCCCGUCCAGACCCAGAUGGCUGUUGCAAUCUUUAAGAGUCCUUUAAGGGAGUACCGCGGGAGUAACAGACAUGAAGGGAGGCAAUUCACUGGGAGGAGAAGGGUUUUUGUGCAGACCGAAACGGGAUGUGUCCUGGAUAUGGAGCUAGACCGCAGUGACAAUGUUCAUACCGUGAAGAGGAGGUUGCAGGUUGCACUUAAUGUCCCGACUGAUGAAAGUUCAUUGUCGUUUGGGGAUUUGGUGCUGAAGAAUGAUCUCAGUGCGGUUCGCCACGAUUCCCCUCUCCUCCUUACACGGAAUUUAAUGCACAGAAGCUCAUCAACUCCAUGUCUUUCACCUACUGGGAGGGAUCUCCAGCAGAAAGAUAAGAGUGGUCUGAUAGAGAUAGUGGGCGAGUCAGAUCGCAUGUCAAAAGUGAAGCCCUUGGUGAAGGACACUGUCAAGGCAAUCAAGAUAGGGGUUGAUCCGAUUCCUGCCAAUGGUGGCCUUGGUGGAGCCUACUAUUUCAGGAACAGCAGGGGAGAUUGCAUUGCUAUUGUCAAGCCAACAGAUGAAGAACCGUUUGCACCAAACAACCCUAAAGGCUUUGUCGGGAAAGCACUGGGGCAACCUGGUUUGAAGCGAUCAGUGCGUGUUGGUGAAACUGGGGUGAGAGAGGUCGCAGCCUACCUUUUAGACUCUGAUCAUUUCGCCAAUGUGCCUCCAACAGCACUCGUGAAGAUUACUCAUUCAAUCUUCAAUAUCAAUGAUGGAGUGAAUCCAAGCAAUUCUUUCAAGAAGAAGUUGGUUAGCAAGAUUGCUUCUUUCCAGCAGUUCAUACCACAUGAUUUCGAUGCCAGUGACCAUGGAACCUCGAGCUUCCCUGUUGCUGCAGUGCAUCGCAUCGGGAUUUUAGAUAUUAGAAUCUUUAACACGGAUAGGCAUGCAGGAAACCUUCUCGUUAGGAAACUUGGUGGUUCAGGAAGGUUUGAUCAGGUGGAACUCAUUCCGAUCGAUCACGGUCUCUGCCUGCCAGAGACACUGGAAGACCCUUACUUUGAGUGGAUUCAUUGGCCUCAAGCUUCCAUUCCAUUUUCAGAGGAUGAACUCAAGUACAUAGAUGAGCUGAAUCCAGUCCGUGACUGUGAAAUGCUGCGAGCUGAGCUCCCAAUGAUUAGGGAGGCUUGUCUCCGGGUGCUGCAUCUGUGUACCAUUUUCCUCAAGGAAGCUGCUGUUUCUGGUCUCUGUCUCGCUGAAAUUGGUGAAAUGAUGAGUCGGGAAUUCCGUAGUGGGGAGGAGGAACCGAGUGAACUUGAGCUCGUAUGCAUUGAGGCAAGGAGGUCGAUUGCAGAGAGGGAACUUCUGUCCCCCAAGGCUGAUAUGGGAGAGGAAGAGUUCCUAUUUGAUAUUGACUAUGAGGAGUCAGAGUUAGACAGUUUUCCUAAAGUGGCCAUGGACGGCUAUAUGGACAGGGCACCUUUCCAUUUUGGUAUUGGCGGCUUUGGUGGGGGCCGUAAUCCGCUCUCAAAGCUGGACGAAGCAAUCGCGGAGGAAGGGGAGAGUGAGGAGGAGGAAGAAGCAGGCAAGAGGAAUGUCUAUGGUGGGUUCCAACCCCUUGAGAGGAUUCCUUCUGUGUCAAAACUCUCCUUGUCCUUGAAGAACACUACCUUAGGUAAGAAGACCCUGACUAUGAAUAAGUACCCGGGAGCAAAGCAGGAAGAGAGCUACAUGACUGACUCUUCAUCGGGGCACCGGAGCGCCAACGAGCAGCUGCCUGCAAGCGUGAGCUUCGUGCAGCUGGCCGACAUGAAUGAGGAGGAGUGGGGUCUCUUCCUCGAGAAAUUCCAGGAGCUGCUCUACCCGGCAUUUGCCAAUCGGAAAUCCAUCACCUUAGGGCAGAGGCAGAGGCAGAGGCUUGGGACUUCGUGCCAGUUUUGAGACUGACGCGGUAACCUCCUUGACGCUGGGUUUUGAAGUGACCGUAAGAAGUUAAAAAGUAGGUAUUGCGGGAGCAUGAGGAUUUGCUAGUCAUAGGUUUGAGGUUUAUGAGAUGUGCGGUUUGUUUGCGCGGGAAGGGUUGGUCGUCGAUUGACUUUGUCGGGAGGCAGUUGUAGGAAAGGAUCCUCAAUCAUCAAGGCAUGAAAUGAGAAGUGCUGUGUAAAUAUUCUUUGGCAGCAGUCAGCUAAGGGCAGAGCUGAGUAGAAAUUCACUUUGUAAUUUUUUCUUUCUUUUCAGGGUCUUGUUUGAAAUUUUUUUUUUUCCCUCCCCUCUCUUUUUCCAUUGUCUUUUGCUUCUUUCUUUUACCUCAUCAUGGGGCCAUGGUCAUGGGGUUGUCUGAUAAAUAAUUUGUAGAAUGGUAUUAAGCCGAAAAAAAGGAAAAGAGUUGAUGUA